AUGAAACCUCUCUGUGAAGCGGCUGUCCAAUCCGAAAUGGAGUAUCAACAAGGAAGCGCUGCAUGCCAGAUGCCUGAAUUUCAAACUCUGGACGGAUCAGCCACCACCAGUCGAUCGCCGGUCACAUCUCGAGGAACUGACAAUUUUGGCAACACGCUUAUCAACCUCCCUAAACGAGACCUGGUGACAUUCGAGGGAGAUCCUGCCCGCUACUGGCUCUUCAUGCGCUGUUUCGAGGCGAACGUCCUAAAGUCUACAACCGAUCCAACAAUCAGGCUGUCCAACCUGGUUCAAUAUUGUUCCGGCGAGGCCAAAAGAGCCAUCGAGAGCUGUCUAAAACUGGAUCUUGAGGAGGAAUUUACCGAAGCUUUGAACAUCUUGCGAAAGCGGUUCGGAAGGCCACUUAUGAUAGCCAGGACGCACAUCGAUGCCCUCAUGGAUGGCACCGCGAUCAGACAAAACGUUUUCGCAACCCUAUCGAGACUAGCUGGGGAGCUCCGUACCUGCUACACCACCUUGAGGCAAUUAAAGUAUGAAUCAGACAUAAAUGCUUCUCGGACCGUUGGUGCCAUUGUGAGACGUCUACCAACUCAUGCUCAGUUUAAGUGGGCAGAACACGCCGCUAGGUGCAUGAGAGCUAACAGAGAGCCACAAUUUUUGGAUCUCAUCGAAUUUGUCGAGGAGACAGCCGACGUCAUGGACACAUUUCUCUCCUUCGCACAGAGACCAACUACCGGGACUUCAACUAUCGUGGACAAAGUUGGCAACUCUAGACCUCGAGGUUCCUCAGCUCAUAUUCUCGCUACAUCUGGUUCCAAAAGGUCUUACUUAACGUGCUCGUGUUGCAGUGGACACCAUUAUUUGGACGAGUGCGAUAGAUUUUGUCAAUAUGGCGUCCACGAACGCUUGAAGAUGUGCCGAGAGAACAGACUGUGCAUCCUAUGUCUGAAAUCAAACCACGACCGAAACUCAUGCCGUUCCCGUAAAAGUUGCGGGUUAAAUCAAUGUAGGGCUGCUCAUCACCCGCUUCUACACACAAAUCUCGAUGAUCAACGGACCAAGCCAAACGACCCAGAGGCAACCUGCUACACCCUGAAACACUCAGACCGGUCACAAGUGGCGCUAGGAGUCGUCCCCGUGAUAGUGUCGGGACCCGGAGGCCAGGUACAGACGGUGGCCUUACUAGACAAUGGCUCUGAUACAUCCUUGGUUGAUUCCGAACUACUAUUGGAAAUUGGUGCACAAGGGAAGGUCGAGUCGUUGAAGAUCAGUACCGUGACUGGAUGUGGGGUUUUUCAGUCCCAAAGGCUAGACUUGAACGUCCAGGCAAUGGGUGCUAAAGAAACUAUUCCGCUUCAAGGAGUUCGUUCUGUACAAAAAUUUCCGGAACUAGUUCGCGGCUCCAAAGCGAAGGUGCAAAUGGGGUGCUGGGAGCAUUUAUCCGAUCUACAGCUCCCAGAAGUGACUGGAAAGGCCAUUGCUGAUAAUGCAGAAAAGUUCCCGAAACAUGUGAUCGAUCUAGCUAACGAGUGCUUUUAUGUCGACGACUGCUUGUUCAGUGUGGAUACUGAGGAAGAAGCCAUAGGUUUGAUUGAUAACUUGAAGGCUAUCACUUAUUCAGGUGGGUUCCGUUUGGUGAAGUGGGUCAGUAAUGAAGAGUGCGUCCUGAGACCCUUACCUCCAGAAGAACUAAGGUCUCCAGAAUCACAGCAUAGAAUCCAGUACGGUUGCUUGGAAAGUGCACUUGGUGUGGUGUGGAAUAUCACCGACGACAGUAUACAGUUCGACUUGAAGGAAUUCGAAGGCAGCCCUACUCGAAGAAAAAUAUUAUCCUUCGCGGCCUCCGUCUACGACCCUUUGGGUAUCCUAGCACCAGUUUUACUUAAUCCAAAGCUGCUACUGCAGGACCUUGUCAGACAGAAAUUGGAAUGGGACGGACAGCUAUCCGAAGAAGAAAACAAUCGCUGGACCCGAUGGUUACAGGAGCUAAAGGAGUUAAGCCGUGUAUCUAUACCUCGUUGUUUAACACCUAAGGGAUUCCGAAGGGUUGCUCUCCAACUACACUGCUUUUCAGAUGCCUCAGAAGUAGCAUACGGGGCCGUGUACCUGCGAUGUGUGGGUGAGAAUGGAAAAGUCAUAUGCCGCUUAGUUCUCGGUAAGGCCAGAGUCACUCCUAUACGGAUCGUGUUUAUUCCUCGUUUGGAGCUCACUACCGCUUUCUUAUCGACGCGACUUGCCACGCAAGUAGUCGAGGAAAUGCAUUUGGAAUGCCCAGUGAUCUUUUGGACCGACUCCAUGAUAGUUUUGCAACUUCUACGGUGCUUGACGCGACGUUUCCCGACUUACGUAGCCAAUCGAGUAUACAUGAUACACCAGUGUUCACGUCCUGAUCAGUGGCGUUAUGUGAUGUCGAAGCAGAACCCGCUGACCUAG